CAUUUCUCUGAUCUACAUACACAGAAUCUCUAUUACGCCUGCAACUGCUACUUAACUCAUCUCAAUUGUUUGUGUUUUCUUCUUGACAGAUCGAGAGCAUAUGGCAGCUACGGUGGCCGUCCCCAGUGCUAUCGUCCUUAAAGUUUUAACCACAAAUAACUAUGAAGAUUGGAGUUUUCGGGUCAGAACCUAUUUGCUGGCCAAGGGUCUUUGGAAGGUGGUCGAAUCCGCCAUGGAACCUUCUGAUGGUGAUGAGGCCGAUUUUGAAGCUUGGAGUAAGAACAAUGCAGAGGCUUUGCAUGCUAUUCAUAUUACUUGCGGGGAAGAUAUCUUUCCUUUUAUCCGGGGCAUCGACACAGCUAAAGCUGCCUGGAAUACUUUGGAAAAGAAAUUGAAGCCCGCUGGACUACCAAAAAGAGAAGAUGCGAGAUCUGAGCAUCAGUCCCCAAUGGAUGGUGAGCUACAGCUAAAAGACCUCAAACCAGAACCAGUAGUAGAAGGUAUCAUCUCGAUCGACCCUCCUAUAGUUGUAGAAGGAUGCAACAACAAUGCCAGUUCCACCACCAAUGAUCUUGACCGCGGCUCCUAUCAACAUUUCUUUGAUUGUGUGGAAUAUUAUUGGAGGGGUAACAACGAAAGUGAAGCACUCGAGUUUCUUAAACAAUAUCCACACCCAAUAAGAGAACUAAGACAUCCAUCAUCCAACUUUCCAGCUCUUCACUUUGCAGCCUCUGAGGGUAAUUUGAUUAUUGUAAAAGAGUUGGUGCGAUUAAUGACAGAGGAAGACUUGGAAGAAAUACUGGAUCCUUCUGGUCGUACAGCUAUUUGUUGUGCUAUUGAAAAUCUAGCUACACUGGAAACUGUAAAACUCAUGAUUGAAAAGAACAAGAAGUUACUUAGCAUUGUUGAUCCUUCCACCAAUAUGAUUCCGCUUGUCAUUGCUCAUGGAGUAAAAUGGUACAGAGUUGACGUGGUUAAGUAUCUGCAUUCUGUCACUCCGCUCGAAACUCUCAAUGCUCACCAAGCAGCCCAAAUUAUUUCUCAAGCUUUUGUUCUUAAAAGAUUCGAUAUUUCGUGGGAUUUAAUCCAGUGCUACCCAAGUUUGGGUAUUACUAAAGACUUGUCCGGAAAAUAUCCUUUGAAUAGAUUGGCUGAGAGCAUGAAAUGGGAACAUUUAUUUUUGAGUGAAAGCGGACUCAACUUCUGGGAACAAUGGAUUUAUGACCGUAUAGUCAUACCACCUUCUCCAAAAAUAGAUGAUAUCAGUACCAUAAACGUUAAUGACCCAGAAAAUCACAAAUGUAAUCAAAGGUGUCUCAUUCACUCGGUUACCAGUUUAUUCAGACGAUUUUUCGGAGGACUUUUGGGAAUCAGUCGCAUACAACGUAUGAAAUUGGUACAUGCCCAAGUUCAUGAAUUUUUACAUUGCAUGUGUGAAGUGAUGAAAAAUAAAGAUGUUACUCAAAUACAAGAUGAUAGCCUUCUUCGGUCAGCCAUUUUCCGAGCAGUAGAACAAGGAAAAGCUGAGUUCAUCACUCAUAUAUGUAGUGCAAAUCCAAACAUAUACCGAAUUACUAAUGAACAAGACAUGACCUUGUUUCAAUUUGCGGCUGAUUGUCGUCAAGAAAAGAUAUAUAGCCUCGUGUAUGUAUAUUAUUACAGAGACAAAAUUGAGAUUUUUCGGAGGAGAGACAAGUUUGACAAUAAUAUGCUACAUAUAGUCGGAAAUUUUUCGUCAUUUGCCCAAACUAAAGUGGACAAUAUACGGGGUGCAGCUUUACAAUUGCAGCGAGAACGACAAUGGUUUAAGGAGGUGCAAUCUCAGGCAGAGCUUGAGUCGCUUGAAGUUAUAAAUCAUACGGAUCAAGCGCCGCCGCGUGUGGUAUUUACCAAAUAUCAUAGAGAAUUAAUGAAGGAGGGAGAAAAGUCGAUGAAAGAAACUGCAACUUCAUGUACAGUUGUAGGUGCUCUUGUUGUCACUAUGAUGUUUGCUGCAGCAUUUACAGUUCCUGGCGGAAACAAUGAAGAUACAGGUGCACCUAUGUUCUUAAAGGCAAAGGAGUUCAUGGUAUUCAUUGUCUCAGAUGCAAUAUCAUUGUUUUCUUCUACUACUUCGGUGAUGAUAUUUUUAGGAAUUCUCACAUCACGUUACAAAGAAGAUGACUUCCUAAAAUCUCUACCGACCAAGAUGAUAUUGGGCCUUUUCACACUUUUUCUCUCCAUCGCAACCAUGAUGAUUACUUUUUCUGCUGCCCUUUACAUUAUGCUUCAUGGGAAACUAUGCAUCAUUAUCCCAGUUAUAUUACUUUCUAGCGUUCCAAUCGCCUCAUUUGUCUGGAUGCAAUUUCCCUUCUUUGUGGAGAUCUUCGUUUCCACUUACGGGGCGGAUAUAUUUGAUAAGAAAAAUCUAGAAAAAACUUGGGAAACAAUCUUAGAUUGCUAAUGUCUGAUGAAGAUUAUGUUUCAUUUUGCUGCUAUGUAAGAAGUGCUUGUAAUGGAAGCUUGGAACAAUGUACACUGCUUCCUAUUUUAUAGUGUAUAUGCUAUUAUCUAUAUGCUC